AUGAACGUUUCACCGAACGAAUCGAUAAGAAAUGAAACCGAUUCGAGCAGUGGUCACUCAUCGGGUGGUUCAACCCGAUCAACGACCCCGACACCGAGUAUAUCGCCGAAAUCGACACCGACAAUAUCGCCGAUAUCAACACCGAUAUUGUCAAGUCCGACAUCGAUCAAAUCGCCGAAACCGACAUCAAGUAUAUUGCCGAUACCGACACCGACGACAUUGCCGAGAACGACACCGAAAUCGGAAAUACUACCGGAAACGACACCGAUAUCGAAAUUAUCGCCGAAAGCGACACCUUUAAAACCUCUGAAAGAGACACCGAUAACAUCGCUGAAAUCGACAUCGAAAAUGUCACCGAAAACGACACCGACAUUAAAAUUAUCGCCGACGACGACACCGACAUUGGAAAUACCACUGAAAUCGACACCGAUAAAUUCGCCGAAACCACCACUGACAUUGAAAUCGAUUAUUUCGCCGAAACCAGCCCCGAGAAGCCGACGAGCCGAUUUGAGGCCGACAAUCGAAUUAAAGCUGCGUGCUGCUGUAACAGCACCUGUUACGUCAUCACAAGCAACAGCCAAACCAGGCACGUCAACUUCGGUUCAGAACCGAUCGACACCGCAAUCAGCUGCAGCACAGCAGCAGGCAUUUUCAUCGUCAGGACUCCAACCAGUAUUCACUACAUUUUGCGGAUCUUUGCGCAUGUAUCCAGCCAAAAAGAGUGUAUGA